CCCGGCGCGCACGCGCCCCCGGGAGCGCCGCGUGGUGGCGGCGAGCGCGGGAGGCGGCGCUUGGCCAGCGGGGCGCGCGGCGGGCGCUUCCCGGGCGGCCAGAGCGGGUUUGCCACUGCGGGAUCCAUGGCUUGCGCUGCCGGACUCCGGGGUCCCUGCACCCAGGUCAGCAGAGCCCUCGGCCUGCGAAGUUUCAGCACCACGGGGGGCCUCAGUGCCAUUCAGAAGAUGACGCGGGUCCGCGUGGUGGACAACAGCGCCCUGGGGAACACCCCGUACCACCGCCCGCCGCGCUGCAUCCACGUGUACAACAAGAGCGGCGUGGGCAAGGUGGGUGACCGCAUCCUGCUGGCCAUCAAGGGCCAGAAGAAGAAGGCACUCAUCGUGGGCCACCGCAUGCCUGGCCCCCGCAUGACCCCCCGGUUCGACUCCAACAACGUGGUCCUCAUCGAGGACAACGGGAACCCCGUGGGGACCCGCAUCAAGACGCCCAUCCCCACCAGCCUCCGCCGCCGGGAGGGCGAGUUCUCCAAGGUGCUGGCCAUUGCGCAGAACUUUGUGUGAGCGGCCGCGGAAAAAAAUAAACAUUUUCUC